AAGAAACUAAACAGAUAACAAAAAUAGGAGACAUAAUUAGGAUGAUGGCUUGGGACUUGCAUGGUCAUUGGUGAUGGCGCUUUAACUCCUGCCACUAGUGUUCUCUCGGCUCUACAAGGAAUUCAAUCAGUCUCCUCAAGGAUAACACAAAAACAUGUCAUAAUCAUGGCGGUUGUGCUCCUCGUGGCACUCUUCAUAUUCCAGCAGUGCGGUACGAGCAAAGUGAGUUUCUCAUUCUCUCCGAUCAUGCUGAUGUGGUUCGGCUCAAACAUCGCCAUUGGAGUAUACAACAUUGUUAAGUAUGAACCCUCUGUUUUCAAGGCCUUGUCUCCUCACUAUAUCAUCAUAUUUUUUUCAAGAAAUGGAGUCACUGGAUGGACUCUCCUUGGUGCUAUAUUUUUGUGCAUAACUGGGGCUGAGGCUAUGUUUGCUGAUUUGGGUCACUUCAACAAGAAUUCAAUUCAGAGCUUCUUGCAGCCGCAAAUGCUGCUAAUAAUGCUCAAGCCAUCAUCACAACACUUUUGGAGGAGUAUGAGAACAUUUUUGAUGUUUUUGGAGGCUCUUGCCAAAUUUUGGCAAUGGCGGCUCUAA